UUGAAAUUUUAAUUUACUGUCAAACUAGGCAGAGUUAUUUGGAGAUGCUCUCCAACAGUGGAAUUGAGGAAAUAAAAAACCUGAGAGAGCCACUCCCCUUUACUUCAUCUCCAUCUUCAUCUUCAUCUUCUUGGUUACCAAGUUUUCUCAGAAACGUUCUCUUGCUCUAUCUAUCUGAAAUGUCAUCAAUUAUGAAAUAUGCAGAAUCUCUUAUUCCUAGCCCUAUUGUAAGAAUGGGACAAAGUAUUUGUACAUUGAUGCAAGAUCACUCAAAACAAGACUUACUUCAUCAACUUGUUAAAUCUGCCAAUGUUGACGCCAUUAAAGCUAUUUGCACACAACAUGUUAAUCUUGAGUGGACUGAUAAAGAAGGGAAAACUGCUCUGGUAUUGGCUUGUAUGGAACCUGAGCUGUUCAAUGUAGCCAAAACUUUGAUUCAAUUGGGUGCUAAUGUCAAUGCUUAUCGUCCUGGGCGACAUGCGGGUACUCCUUUACAUCAUGCAUCAAGAAGAGGCCUUCACCAGACAGUUCUGUUGCUUCUUGCCAAUGGAGCAAAUGCUCUAGUGAGAAAUGAUGAUUUUCACACCGCGCUUGUUGUUGCUAGAAUAAAUAGACAUGUCAAUGUUGUUCGUGCUAUUGAGAAUCAUAUUUGCUUAUUCUCUGGAUGGCUACGGAAAUGUCGAGGUCCAGGCUUCCUUGGAGCACUAUUUCCUCAACUAUUGUCAAGAAAAAUCUGGGUUGUUAUUAUACCUUCUAGUUUCUCUGAUUCCAUGGAGCAAACGAAUUUGGUGCUUGUCAUUUAUACUACUUUGCAGGAUGCCCAACCUCAUACAAUCAUUCCUCUUUCGAGGGCAAAGAUCAAGGAACCCAAAUUUAAUCAAUCAGAUCCAAGAAUCACAAUAUGCGACAAUUCUACUCGUACCAAAACACGAUAUAGAUUUGGACCGUGCAGUGACAAAGAGCAGCUGCGCAGGCUGUAUGAUGCGUGCAGAGGAUUUCGGCAGAAUAUUGAACAAACAUCUGCUGAAGCUCUGGAUUUGUUAAUGGCGAGGAGCGCUCACAUUCGGUCCGCCCCAGCAGAUGGGCCACCACUUUUUUUUAAUGGUGAGAGGUACAUUGAAUGGGCACUAGCUGCCGAAUCAUCAAAUUCAGAAGCAAGCAGCAUUGUGCGAGCUCGUGUAGACACCCAAACCAACGCGCCGGUUGCUCAAACGCGCAGUUCAACUGUUCCAUCAGCUCCCCCAAUGCCCCAUGAAUGGCUGAUCUAGCAUCCAUCAGUUGAUUCGAGUCUGGUGGACUGGUCUGCUCCAACGGAGGAGCAUGCAAGUUUUGUAACAAGCAAUGUGAGACUCUGGUAGAUGAUCAAUUAUGUUUUUCUUUCUUGUUAAAAGUUACGUAUCAACUUCAAGAAACUAAGAUUGCGUUUUAAAGUGUGAGCCGCAAGGUGAAACGCUCACUUAAAGUUUUAGCGAUCACGGUAUUGUUUUUAACUAAAACUUGAAAUUAUGCUACUAAUUAAAGAAUUAGUGCGAAGAUUAUGGAGUCGCCAUCUGGUGAGACCGACAUUUCUCUUCUAAUUUCGGAUAGUGACUAGAUUAUGUCAUGGAUUUUUAGGCCCGGAUACUAAUAUUUCAUAAUAAUGUGUAUGAAUUUUAUUGAUUUACUAUUAUUCUAAUUUAUCCUAUUUA